AUGUCAGAGCACGAAAGCUCCCGAGAAGCGUGGGUGGCGAUCCCGACGGAGGAGGAGCACCGGGCCAACCUGCCGCAGGGAGCGCGGGCGGGCAACUAUGACUUCGGCUACCUGCCCGCGAUGGGACGGCUGCAGGCCAGACACCGGGAGAUCGGGCCGCUGUUCGGAGCUCUGUACCGGCAGGUUAUGUUCGGCCCCGGGGAACUGGACCGCCAGGAGCGGGAGAUGGUGGCUGCCGUCGCCGCCGCGGCCCAGGACUGCCGGUAUUGA